UAAAUUGUCAGUCAACGUCAGAUCAGAAGGGUUAACGUAUUUAUUUUGCUUUAUUUAUAAGUUUAUUCUGUCCGUUUUCUAGUAUUUUUUUAUAAAAUCGUGAAUAUUGGAUGAAAUAUUUUUUUUACUUUUAGUUAUAACCGUGUAAAAUUAUCAAUAUGACGGCUGACAAUGAAUACCCGAAGGCAUCUAAUGCAACUCUUAUCGGUGCGACCAUCACUUAUGUAGCCGGUUUAUUUUUGCUCUUGUCCUUUGCGGGCCCCUACUGGAUCGAAUCUUACCCUGAGAUGUUUUCAUCAUUCAAGCACAUGGGGUUGUGGGAAUAUUGUUUUGACAGAUUUAGGUUCCCUUCAUACCAGUUUGAUAAAUUGUUUCAUGGUUGUCACUACAUCUUUAGUGAGGAGUUCUAUGUGAUUAGAGAGUGGCUUCUGCCUGGCUGGCUGAUGGUAGUGCAGUCAUUUGUGACACUGGCCCUCAUCCUGUCCUUGACAGCUCAGGUUCUCCUGGCCUGCGUCAUAAUGCGCUGGCCUCUCCGUGCUGCUCUACGUUAUGAAUGGAUCUUUGUAUCCAGUUCAUUUAUUAUGGUAGCUCUCUCAAGUGCCUUCUUAUUCUUAUCCGUUGCCAUAUUUGGAGGAAACUGCUACAGACGUGACUGGCUUCUGUACCCUUCAUUCAAUGUUCUGUCCUGGUCAUAUGCUUUCGCUGUUGUAGCAUUUAUACUAUUUGGUGCUGCAGCAAUUCUUUUAUAUUUAGAAUCUAGGAAGUUGUACGAACUUCGGCUUGAAGCUAAGAAUUUGGUUGCGCAGAUGCACCACAGCCAGCCCGAGCAUGCUCUCCAACAUUUACGUGAACAACUGCAGCAACAGCGCCAUGGGUGGAAUAUGUAGACAUCAUUGUUUAGCUAAAAAUUCUCAGCCGUCCAGACUUUUUUUGAGACUUAAUUUUUAAUAUUUAGGGUACAUUAUUUUUAUGAUUAAGAUAAGACAAGAUAGUUCUGGCAAAUAUUUUAGUGAUGUACCAGUUCUCAAAAUGACAACAAUGUUGCACUGUUUCUUUUAUUGAUUGACAUAAAUACAUUACACGAGUAUUAAAUUUGUGAAGAACCUAUAUAUAAACUGUAGCGUAUAAAAGCGUGCUUUGGUCCCAUGAAAUGAAGUAAUUUGUAAUUUAAUUGCCAUGUUGGUGAAUCUCUAUGUUUAAAAUGUAUACACACGAAAUUAUUAUUUUUAUAAUUUUGAUGAAUGUAUUUAAGCACAGAUUUUUUGAAUUAUGAUUUGGAUCAAUCAUUCAUUGAAGAUUUAAUUUUUUUAAAGCUUUAUCAGAAAUAUAUGAAAUAAAAAUUAUAUUACCUAUUCAUAUAAGUGCAUAUAAUCUACGUUUGUAUGAAAUGAUCUGUUUGACUGAGUUGUGUGGCAUUUAGGACAAAUUUAGUUGUAGGUUUAGUAAGUAAUUUUAGGUAUUGUAACACAAACAAUCCGUCCCCUUGAGUUGUGCAGUUUAUGUAUCAUUAAUUUUUAUAUUCUUAAGCACACUUAUUUGAAAAAUAAACCUAUAUUUUUAAUGAAAAAUUA